AUGGACAUCUGCUCUGUCAGAGAUCAGCUCCUCCACGUGGAAAUCCACAUCGAUGAACAUGAACCUCGCAGAGGAAUCCUGGAGCUUCUGCGCAGACUUCGACCUCAGUGGAACUCAGGAGAAAUUCAGAUGAAAACGUUCACCGACGGCAUCACCAACCAGCUGAUCGGCUGCUUCGUGGGUUCUCUGCAGGAACCUGGUUGCGUUCUGGUUCGACUCUACGGCCGGAAGACGGAGCUGUUCGUGAACCGGGACCGGGAGGUGGAGAUGUUCCAGGUGUUCCACGCCCACGGCUGCGGACCUCAGAUCUACUGCAGCUUCCAGAACGGCAUCUGCUACGAGUUCGUCAGGGGGACAGUUCUGGAUGAUGAGCUGCUCCGACAGCCGUCAAUCUACAGAUUGAUCGCCGCAGAGAUGGGGAGAGUCCACGCCAUACGACCCAAGAGCGGUCCGCCCGUAAAACCCUUCCUGUGGACCAAGAUGGCCUGCUUCCUCAAACUGCUGCAGUCGAGUAACAUCAGCGGAACCACAGAGCAGCACAGCACCGACAGCUGCACCUCCUCCAGGAGCCCAGUAGAUGCGCUACCCAGUCUGGAGACGCUGAGGAUGGAGAUGGAGUCACUGAAGACACACCUGUCCCAGAUCGAGUCUCCGACCGUCCUCUGUCACAACGACCUGUUAACGAAGAACAUCAUCUACAACCAGGAGGAGGGAACGGUGAAAUUCAUUGACUACGAGUACGCCGAUUACAACUACCAGGCCUUCGAUAUUGGCAAUCACUUCAAUGAAUUUGCCGGUGUGUCCGUGGUGGACUACAGCCUGUAUCCGUCCCUGGACCUGCAGAGGGACUGGCUAAAGGCGUAUCUGCAGAGUUAUAAACUCAGCGGUGGACAGGAGGACACCGUCACCGAGGAGGAGGUCACUCAGCUCUACGUCCACGUCUGUAAAUUCUCUCUGGCAUCCAACUUCUUCUGGGGUCUGUGGUCCAUCCUUCAGUCCAGAUUCUCCUCCAUCGACUUCGACUUCCACAGGUUUGUGUUUCAGUUUUAA